AGUGCCCCAAGUAUGCCCAGUACAGAGUGUCCCGGGUAUACCCAGUACAGAGUGUCCCAGGUAUACCCAGUACAGAGUGUCCCAGGUAUACCCAGUACAGUGUGUCCCAGGUAUACCCAGUACAGAGUGUCCCAGGUAUACCCAGUACAGAGUGCCCCAAGUAUACCCAGUACAGAGUGCCCCAGGUAUACCCAGUACAGAGUGCCCCAAGUAUACCUAGUACAGAGUGCCCCAGGUAUACCCAGUAAGGGUGCCCCAAGUAUACCCAGUACAGAGUGCCCCAGGUAUACCCAGUACAGAGUGCCCCACGUAUACCUAGUACAGAGUGCCCCAGGUAUACCCAGUACAGAGUGCCCCAGGUAUACACAGUACAGAGGUCCUGGGUACACCAAGUACAGAGUGUCCCAGGUAUACACAGUACAGAGUGCCCCAGGUAUACCCAGUACAGAGUGCCCCAAUUAUACCCAGUACAGAGUGUCCCAGGUAUACCCAGUACAGAGUGCCCCAGGUAUACCCAGUACAGAGUGCCCCAAGUAUACCCAGUACAGAGUGCCCCAGGUAUGCCCAGUACAGAGUGCUCCAGGUAUACACAGUACAGACUGUCCCGAGUAUACCCAGUACAGCGUGUCCCGGUAUACCCAGUACAGAGUGUCCCAAGUAUACCCAGUACAGAGUGUCCCAGGUAUACCCAGUACAGAGUGUCCCAGGUAUACACAAUACAGAGUGCCGCAGGUAUACCCAGUACAGAGUGUCCCAGGUAUACCCAGUAUAGCGUGUCCCGGGUAUACCCAGUACAGCGUGUCCCGGGUAUACCCAGUACAGCGUGUCCCGGGUAUACCCAGUACAGAGUGCCCCGGUAUACCCAGUACAGCGUGCCCCAGGUAUACCCAGUACAGCGUGUCCCGGUAUACCCAGUACAGAGUGUCCCGGGUAUACCCAGUACAGAGUGCCCCGGGUAUACCCAGUACAGAGUGCCCCGGUAUACCCAGUACAGAGUGCCCCGGUAUACCCAGUACAGAGUGCCCCAGGUAUACCCAGUACAGUGUGUCCCGGUUAUACCCAGUACAGAGUGUCCCGGGUAUACCCAGUACAGAGUGUCCCAGGUAUACACAGUACAGACUGUCCCGAGUAUACCCAGUACAGCGUGUCCCGGGUAAACCCAGUACAGAGUGUCUCAGGUAUACCCAGUACAGCGUGUCCCGGGUAUACCCAGUACAGAGUGUCCCAAGUAUACCCAGUACAGAGUGUCCCAAGUAUACCAGUACAGCGUGUCCCGGGUAUACCCAAUACAGAGUGUCCCAAGUAUACCCAGUACAGAGCGUCCCAAGUAUACCCAGUACAGAGUGUCCCGGGUAUACCCAGUACAGAGUGUCCCAAGUAUACCCAGCACAGAGUGUCCCGGGUAUACUCAGUACACAGUGUCCCAGGUAUACCCAGUACAGAGUGCCCCAGGUAUACCCAGUACAGAGUGCCCCGGGUAUACCCAGUACAGAGUGCCCCAGGUAUACACAGUACAGAGUGCCCCGGGUAUUCCCAGUACAGAGUGUCCCAGGUAUACCCAGUACAGAGUGCCCCGGGUAUACCCAGUACAGCGUGUCCCAGGUAUACCCAGUACAGAGUGCCCCGGGUAUACCCAGUACAGUGUACAGUGUGUCCCUGUAUACUGAGUGUACACUGAGUUAAGAUGUAUCUUGUACAAUAUGUCCUGGGUGUACUGAUGACAGUGUGCACUACCAGCUCUAACAUUGGACAAUGUGUCAGAGCUGGCUAUUGCUGUAUGGUUGGUGUUUACUUUUGCAAAAUGUCUGUAGAAAAGUAUAUUAUUUAUUUAAUGUCAAUAUUGUGACCUAUUAUAGACUUCAGGUGAUUACUUCUGUCAAUUUGUGAUUAUGCUGCUAUUUACAAUACAAUACACUGGAGGGGGGUCUCAUUGCUGUUCAGAUGCUUCACUGCUGAGAAUCAACUUGUGUUUCACUUAUUGUUCCCUGUGUGUUCCUCACAAUCCUUGAGAUUCCCCAAAGCACUCUGUCAACAGGAGGUUACUGGCUCCUUCCACUGAAAGCUCCAGUUUAAACCCACGUUACCCCCAUCUGAGGGACUGCCAGUCAGCAACGCCCACCUGUGAAGAAAUUCUGGAUGAUUAAACUUUGAUGUUGAUAACAAUGACAUUAAUCAAACUGGCCCUCAGAUUCAUUAGUCAAAAUAUAAAUAUCUUUAAAUAGUUCAUGUUGUGGGUGUUGGUGGAUGGCUCUAGUAAAUGACAGUGAGUCAGGCGGGAGCAUACUCUGAUAAUAUUGCAGGGCCUCCCUCCACCUCACGGUGAAACAUUUACAAAUCCGCUGCAGCCGGUGUGUCCUCCUCUAUAUUGGGGAGACAGGCCGCCUACUUGCGGAGCGAUUCAGAGAGCACC